AUGGACAGCCAAGGUGGUGCUGGAGCUGCCAACAGUUCUAGCGACUUUGUGCGCAAAUUAUACAAAAUGUUGGAAGAUCCCUCAUAUUCGUCGGUAGUGCGCUGGGGUGAUGAAGGCGACAGUUUCGUUGUUCUUGAGAACGAAAAGUUCACCAAAUCUAUAUUACCCAAGCACUUCAAGCAUUCCAACUUUGCCAGUUUCGUGCGGCAACUGAACAAGUAUGAUUUCCACAAGGUGCGACAGAACAACGAAGAGGGAGGUACCUCAAUAUACGGAGCAAAUGCUUGGGAGUUUCGGCAUCCCGAGUUCAAGGCCAAUAGCAAAGAUACACUUGACAACAUCAGACGGAAGGCCCCUGCACCUCGAAAACCGUCGAGUCUAAACGAUGAACAGAUACCUAUUCAACAGAUCGACCUGAUGAACCAACAGAUGGUUGCACAAGCACAGCAAAUUGAAUCACUAGUUCAAACAACCAGCCAGCUACAAAUGAACCACCAGAUGGUGGUUCAAGAACUACUACGACUGCAGAAGACGGUCUUGAAUCAUGACCGUGUGAUGCAGGAUGUCAUGACGUUUUUACAUUCGGUGGAUGCCAAACAACGCAGAGAUAGCAAAACCCUGUUCGCUCCUCAAACUGAGCAACAAAUACCAUCCGGAUCGACAUUGACGCCCACCAGCCAGAACAUGCCAGUACAAGAUGAUGAUAUUCCAGCAUCGCCAUUACAACAUGCGACUAAACUUCUUAAUGAUCUACCACCUGACUCCCAGUUCAACCUCGCUACGCUUGAGCAAAUGAACAAUAAUAUGGGGGUGAAUAAUCUCCUACCCAAUGCACAUAAUAACCAAUUCGGAGCGUCCAACUCAGCGACAUCAAGUGGCAGCAUGGGGUUCUCCAAGAUCAACCCAGCCGAACUCGAAAGUGUGAUCUACCCUGUUGGCGGCAACAAUGGGAUUGAUCCGAUGUAUAGCGAGCAUAUCCACAACAUCCCUUAUAGUAUGCCACCCGUCAGAGAAACACCCGAUCCACGAGCGCAAUUUGCAGAAUCUCGAAAGAAGAGCGGAGUCUCGGAUCCUGGUUGGAGUCGCCCGCCUCGAAUUUUGUUGGUUGAGGAUGAUCCAACAUGUCGACAGAUUGGAGGCAAGUUCUUGUAUUCGUUCUCGUGUAGUGUUGAGACCGCAUUGGAUGGACUGGAAGCCGUCAGCAAGGUCAGGGCAGGAAACCCAUACGACAUGAUCUUGAUGGACAUAAUCAUGCCCAACCUUGAUGGAGUUUCGGCAUGUCAUUUGAUCCGACAGUUUGACCGGACACCUAUUGUGGCCAUGACAUCGAAUAUUCGAUCGGACGAUAUUCAGAUGUACUUUCACCACGGAAUGGACGACGUGCUACCGAAGCCUUUUACCAGAAAGUCGUUAUUGGAUAUGUUAGAAAAGCAUUUGAUGCACUUGAAGAAGACAUCGGCAGUAAUGGAAGCGCCACCUGCUGGGGGCUCGAUGGUGACUACCGGGCAACCAUCAUCGACUGCGCAAUCAGUGCGUGAUGACAUGUCGGCUGGGGCCUCUCCAGCCGGUUCUUCUGGGACGUGGAACUCUCCGAGUCAAUACUCUGGAGUAUCACCUGUGAAUGCCAAUGUGCACUAUGGAGGAAUGACACAACAAACCUAUGUAGACGCCAAUGGCAAUACAUAUAAUGCCAACGGACCACAGACACCGGUGGGGAUGAGAGGGCAUGGGAUGCUCCAACAGGCGCAACAGCAGCAGCAGCAGCAGCAGCAACACCAACAACAAGCUCAUCGAAGGGGACAUUCGGACAUGACUGGUGGAGGUGACGGUGGGAGUGCAAACAAAAGACAGCGAAUAUACGCACCGCAACAGACGAUGGCAGCACCGAUGCGGCAAUGA